CGCCGUGCGAAAAAAAAAUAUGCCAGUCCGAGUUGGUGCGUCAUAGGUGUUUAAACGGGCUCUCGUCUUCCGUUAUUUCUAGUAGAAACUUUAGCCGGUUUAUAAUUUAGAUUUUGUUAACGUGUUACUAUCAAAUUUGAUUUUAUUUACGUUUAAUCAUUUUUGUUUCUGUUUCGUUGACUUGGACCGGGGGCCAUGGCGGAAGCUCAUCAGGCCGUCGCGUUCUCCUUCGCCAUCACCCACGAAGGAUGGGACGUGAACUUUGACCGCGAGGUCCUCGACCUCGUUUGGCAAUCGGGUAUACGAUCCUGGAAAAAGCGCCUAGCCAGGUUCCAAAACAGUGUCCACAAUGGUGUCUAUCCCGGUCACUGGACCAGCUUAUGGGUGCUCACAUCCAUCGUAUCGAUAAUGCAACUGUCUGGAUACCCCGUUCCGUUUGAUCUUCCAAAUAGAUUUUUGCAUAUAUUACCUGGGAGCACAUUGACGUGGCAACUGGUCGCUUGUUUUCUGGCGUCUUUAACCGCCUGGCUCACCGUCAUCUACAUGCUGCGCUACAUCUUGAGACUCCUCUUAAUGUACAAAGGGUGGAUGUACGAGUCGAGGGCCAAGGGCAGCCAAAUAUCAACCAAAACUAAACUGUGGCUUGGGCUGGUGAAAGUGUUCAGCGCAUGGAAGUCGCCUCGACUCUACAGCUACCAGGGAUCACUGCCCAGACUGCCCUUGCCCAGCGUCAGCGAAACGAUGACAAGAUAUCUUCAAAGCGUGCGCCCCUUGCUCGACGACGCCAAUUAUCGGCGAAUGGAGAAACUCGCGGACGAAUUCCAGAAGGGAAUCGGUGCCAAAUUACAACGUUACUUGGUCCUGAAGUCCUGGUGGUCCAGCAAUUACGUCUCGGAUUGGUGGGAGGAAUACGUUUACCUGCGAGGACGUUCUCCGCUAAUGAUCAACUCAAACUUUUACGGUAUCGACGCUAUUCUAGAGCACAGGUCGAAAAUACAGGCAGCCAGAGCGGCGUCGGCUAUUUACACAUUCCUGACGUUCAGAAGAUUGGUGGAACGACAAGAACUGGAACCGAUCUUGGUGCAGGGUUUGGUGCCCUUGUGCUCGUGGCAGUACGAGAGGAUUUUCAACACUACACGUAUACCCGGAAUAGAAACUGAUAAAAUCAUGCACUGGGCCGACUCUAACCACAUCGUAGUUUAUCACAGAGGCAGAUACUUCAAAGUCAUCAUUUAUAAAGGAAGGAUACUGAAGCCGUGCGAAAUUCAAAUACAAAUUCAACAUAUCCUGGAUGACAAAUCUGAGCCUGCGGUUGGCGAAGAAAAAUUGGCAGCCUUGACAGCUGGCGAAAGAACGCAUUGGGCGAACACAAGACGUCACCACUUCAACAGAGGAGUUAACAAGAUCUCAUUGGAUUGUAUUGAAAAAGCGGCCUUUGUUGUUGCAUUAGACGACGUUCCAUAUGAAUUUGAUCUCAAACACCCAGAAAAGUUGGACAAUUUUGGGAAGAUUUUAUUACACGGGAAAGGUUACGACAGAUGGUUUGAUAAAUCCUUUACACUGUGUGUUUCAAAUAACGGCAGAGUUGGUUUUAAUGCUGAACAUUCGUGGGCUGAUGCUCCAAUUCUCGGGCAUCUCUGGGAGUACUUGUUGUUCGAUGAAGUAGAGCAACGAUAUGAUGAGAAAGGCAAUACGCUAGGAACACCUGAAAUUACUCCUCCAACUCCGACGAGAUUGAAAUGGGACAUUCAGGAGGAAUGUCAACAAGCCAUCGAUCAGGCUUUGAUAGUAGCCCGUGAUUUAAUUCAGGAUUUGGAUUUACGUAUAUACGUUCACGACGCGUACGGCAAAGGCUUCAUGAAGCAGUGUCACAUCAGUCCCGAUGCUUAUUUGCAAAUGGCAUUGCAACUGGCAUAUUACAGAGAUGCCGGCAAAUUCAGUCUUACUUAUGAAGCUAGCAUGACGAGACUUUACAGGGAGGGCAGAACAGAAACAGUGCGUCCUUGCACUGUGGAAUCGGCAACGUGGGUUAAAGCCAUGGUAGAGAACAAAGCGUCAACGGAGGAAAAGGUAAAGCUGCUUCAAAAAGCGUGCGCACGCCACCAAUUGGGUUACCAGGAUGCGAUGUGCGGCAAAGGUAUCGACCGCCACCUCUUCUGCCUCUAUGUCGUCUCAAAAUAUUUGGAAGUUGACUCACCGUUCCUCAAAGAGGUAUUAAGCGAACCGUGGAGGUUGUCUACGUCACAAACGCCGCACGGACAGACCUCCAAGACUGAUUUAAAGAGGUUUCCGAAUUGCAUUUCGGCAGGAGGUGGAUUUGGACCCGUGGCUGAUGAUGGCUACGGUGUUUCUUACAUAAUAGCCGGAGAGGAUUUAUUGUUCUUCCACAUAUCAAACAAGAAGACCAGCAGCAUGACGGACUGUCACAGAUUCGCAAGACGAAUUGAGCAAGCGUUAAAAGAUAUGCGACAACUUCAUCUCGACUACAAGUCACUGAAUGGCAAAAAAUAAUUGUUUCUUCCUAGAUAUUAAUGAUCGCUCGGUAUUUGGUAAAAUAUAGACAUAGUAUAAGAAAUGCGAGAAAUGUCCGAUUGUUGGGACGAGAGUUGGCAACUUGUUGAUUUGUCGUGUUUGUUUAUUAUUAAACUGUUGUUCAUAUAAUUAAUAGUUUGUAACUGACCAUUUAAUUAAUAAUUUUAUGUUGAGACGCAGUCGCACUUUUGCGACUAUCGACGAAUUUCGACAAACUAUCAUAACAUGAACAACUGUUUUGUGCAGAAUCAAUGCAAUGUACUUUAGAUAUGUUUGAUCUGUUAUAUUUUAGACUUUUUUCAUUACUACAUUAUACAUGUGUACCUAAUAAAUCGAUUUCAACAUUUA